UCAUUGGUCGUUGAACCGCUGAUCACAGUUUCUCAGUGCGGGCGUGGAGUCCGUCACUGUGCUGCAGGUGCACGGAUUAUUUUAACACCAGUUUUAUGUUGUUCUCUGCAGUCGGCUGUCCGCACGUGGCGGCAGUGUAGUUGGAAGAUGUCUGCGGGUUUGAGAUGCCCGGGCUGCGGGUCCUCAAACAUUGUGGACGAUGAUCUGUACGCCCAGACACAGCUGGUGUGUGUGGACUGCGGAUAUGUGGUGGCCGAGGGAACUCUGGCCGAUGACCCAGUCGGGGGUUCAGAUGUCAGCUACAGCCGAACCACAGCUGUGGCCAAAAAGCCGUGUAUGAACCUGAUUAAAGGUCUGCAGCGUGUGAAAGCCAUAUGUCGGAGUCUCCGGGUCCACAGUGAGAUCGAGAACCUCUCUCAGAACUAUUUCAACCAGGCCUAUCAGCAUGAAAGUUUCCUCAAAGUGAGCCUCCAGAAGAAAGAAGUUCUCGCUGGUUGCUGUGUGCUUGUAAGCUGCAGACUGCUCAAUUGGCCCAUUACCACAGGAACCAUCAGCUGCCUGCUGGAUGCCGACCCGAUGGUGGUGGGAGCCAUUUAUCAAGAGAUGGUCAAGAUUCUCCACAUUGAAGCUCCGACCGUCAACAUUACUGAUGUCAUGGAGGCCCACUGUCAGGAGUACAAAAUAAGUUCACUUCACGUUCCUGAAGAAUUGGCUGAGAACUCCAAGGACUUGACCAAACGGGCCGUUGCCCUGGUGGAGCUGGCAGCAGAUGCCUGGAUUGUGACUGGCCGUAAACCCAUCCCCAUCAUGAUGGCAGCAAUAUUCUUGGGCUGGCAGUCUUUGAAACCCAACAAGCAGCGCCUGAAAUUCUCCCUGGACAAAUUCUGUCAGAUUGCCAAGGUCAAUAAGCACAAGCCUGCUUUGAAGAGAAUAACUGAGAUAAAGGAGGUGCUGUGUAAGCUAGGUAAGGAGAUUCCCUGGCUCAGGGAAGCAGUGACGCCGGAUAACGUUGUUCUGCAGGUGGAGGAUAUUCUACAGCACAGGUACACCCUGCUAAGGAGGGCUCAGAGGACCCACGAGGACGCUCUGCUGGUAGAGUGUCAGGAAAGCUGUGUGGACUCUGAGGAGACUGCUCCCUCCCAUAUCUCUGAGCCUGUAGAGCAGACUCCAAAUGCAUCCUCUGUGGAACAAUGUGAAACGAAUGCUGAACAGGCCCAGCAACCAGGAGAUAAAGAUGUUAAUCCAUUCACAGUACCUGAGCUGCACAGUAACACUCAGGAGAGCCAAGAUCCAGCACCAAACUGGGGGAAGAGAGUGCUGUUUGCUCCUCCGUGCGUGAUUCAUGCUAAGAGAAGGAGACUGGAGCAGCCUGAGCUCAAAGAUGUAACUGGUGAUGAGGAAAUCUCUGACAGUGAAAUUGAGUCAUACAUUCGCACUCCUCAAGAAAUUCGAGACUUUGCUCUGACACAGAAGAUACUGUCCUUGUCUGAGUGUGAGAAAUCAUGACCACUAAUGUAUUGAUGAAGAUGCUACUACCUUAUGUAGUUUAUCCAGUAAUAGAUUGUAUCGUUGUUUUGCUGCUACUUGAUUUACUUACUAAAAAAGUUGUGUUGAAGUGGUUAAUAAAUAAUUAUCAUGUAGAAGUUUCUGGACACAUCACAAGAUGUGCACAGUGAAAAAUGAAGUGUGAGGAUUCCCACUAAAACUGUUUUUAAAAAAAAAAAAAAAAG